UCUGCCUAUGUGCUGUACAAGAAGUUGUCAAGAUCUCAUAAAGUAGCAAUAUCGCUAUAAAUUCCGUCGGAAGCAAAAAAAGACUCGACCUGGUCGUUCCAAGAAUCUGGUCGUUGCAAAGCUUUCAAGCAAAUCGACCUACACUCGACUACCAGCUUAUCGGCGGAUCUUCUGACUUCACCAUCGUAACGCAACUAUGAACGGUCAGAUCCACGACGUCCGUAACGUCCUGAUCCCUCUGAUCUCUGCCAGUGCGGGUUUCCUCGCCGCCUACCUCUGGCUCGCGAACCGACCAAACUCGCUCGAGGCCACUCCCACUUCCGCCUCUACUGCUACUGCCAAAUCCUCUCAGCCCGCAUCCGGUACCAAGACGGAAGUCCUACCAGAGCAAGAUGACUCCGAGGACUAUUCUACCGACUCGGACGAAGAGAUUACCCCGGAAUACGCUCAACGGCUCAAGAACGCCAAGCCGCGGAGUUUCAGGGAAGAAUGCAAGCUGGUGUUGGUCGUCAAUCAGGAGUUGUCGAUGACAAAGGGGAAGAUCGCUGCUCAGUGCGGACACGCUACGUUGGCUUGUUACAAGACGUUGCAGAAGACCAACCCUAAACUCUUGCAACACUGGGAAAGAAUCGGCCAAGCCAAAAUCGCAGUAAAAGCCCAGUCGACAGCCGAACUCCUCGAACUACAACGUACUGCCCGGUCGUUAGGGGUGUGUGCGCAGGUUAUUAGUGAUGCGGGGAGGACGCAGAUUGCGGCGGGGAGCAAGACUGUUUUGGGGAUCGGACCAGGCCCGGUCAAGCUGAUCAACCAGGUGACGGGGCACCUCAAGCUGUUAUAACAUGUUUGACGACAGCCAUGCUUCAACUAUACAUGCGAUCGAUACCAAUGAAAUCGACCUUGUCCCCGCUGGAUCCGCUUGGGUAUGAUAGCGAGAUGCGGUCGAGCCGGAUGAGUUACAAUAGACCUUGUCGAGAUGAGGGUACAACUGGGGUACAGGGGGGAUCGGAAGCGGGCUACAUGUUACGAUUGAGUUCAUGUUCGAGAUCAAGACUCCUCCGGCCUCCUGCAUCGAGUCUCGAUUUCCAUCCGGCCAUCAGUCUCAUUCCCGCCAUCGCUCGACCACACCUCGUCCCCAUUCCGCAAAUCUCCCUGUGGCCUUUCAUCCGCUCUAGCGUUGAACCCCCCACCCAAGCCUAUGACGGUCAUCAACAUGGCCAACACCCCGAAGAACCUCAGGACGCCGCUAUCUUUCCUGAUCUCUUCCCCUCCAUCGUCGCCCAGCCCACC